AGCUUCCCCCAUCCUGCAAGGCCACUCAACCAUGUGCUAGCUGGAGUAAUCUUCACUCACAAUGUCUUUACAAAGGCUCAUGCAACACAGCAGCAAUGGCAAUUUGGUGGACUACUGCGCUGGUCCAGCGUAUAGCUCUUACUCUACACUCACAGGAAGCCUUCCGAUGGAUGACAAUAGAAGGAUUCAAAUGCUGGCAGACACUGUGGCUACUUUGCCUCGGGGAAGAAAGCAGCUUGCUUUGACGAGAUCAAGUUCUUUAGGUGACUUUUCCUGGCCUCAAAGAAAGCUUGUUACCGUGGAAAAGCAGGAUAAUGAAACAUUUGGAUUUGAAAUUCAGACUUACAGACUCCAGAACCAGAAUACCUGCCCCUCGGAGAUGUGCACACUGAUCUGCAAAAUUGAGGAGGACAGCGCAGCACACCGUGCAGGCCUGCAAGCUGGUGAUGUCCUUGCAAAUAUCAAUGGUGUGAGCACAGAAGGCUUUACCCACAAACAAGUUGUUGACCUGAUCAGAUCGUCAGGAAACCUGCUAACGAUAGAGACUCUUAAUGGAACAAUGAUUCUCAAAAGAACAGAGCUUGAAGCAAAGCUGCAAGUUUUAAAGCAAACUUUGAAGAAAAAAUGGGUGGAGUUCAGAUCUUUGCAGUUACAGGAACACCGCCUACUUCAUGGUGAUGCUGCUAACUGCCCAAGUUUGGAAAACAUGGACAUGGAUGAAUCAGCUUUGUUUGGAAGUCUGCCUGGGCUAGGCCUGGCCCUCCUGGACCGGAAUCGGUUAUCCAGUGAGAGCAGCUGUAAGAGCUGGCUGAGCUCCAUGACGUUGGACAGCGAGGAUGGCUACCAGACAUGCACCUCUGAGGACUCGAGCAGGGGAGCCUUCAGCCGACAGACAAGCACAGAUGAUGAGUGCUUUGUCCCCAAGGAUGGGGAUGAUUUUCUGAAGAGGUCUUCUUCCAGGAGGAACCGGAGCAUUAGUACUGCCAGCAGUGGAUCCAUGUCUCCAUUGUGGGAGGGCAACUUCUCAAGCAUGUUUGGGACCCUGCCCAGGAAAAGCAGAAGGGGAAGUGUUCGAAAACAACUCUUGAAAUUCAUCCCUGGCCUUCACCGUGCUGUGGAAGAGGAAGAGAGUCGCUUUUGAUAGGUUGUGGUGCACUUUCGUAUUAGCUUAUUUUGUAAAUAUCUCUAGACUUGCUUAGAUCAACUCCACCCAGCUUGGUGGGAAAGUGCAGCUGGAUUGCAAAACUGACAUCCCAUUUCAUGGCAAUAGUGACCUUUAUUUAAAUUUUUGUAUCAUUAUUUUUGCUUCUUAAAUCAUUUUUCAACCGGACAGCUCAAAUUCAAAGUAGACGGUAGGGAAAUUAAGUAAUAAGUUAGAUAAUAUAACAAAUGAAUGAAAGUGCCUGCUGCCUGCUCAUUCUAGUGCUGCCUGUGAAGGCAAGAGUAAUAUUUAUUUUCUAGAUUAUCCAUGUUAAAAAUUGAGAACUUUUUGGAGCCAAGUGUGAAUAAGAGAAUAACAGAAUAUAAUAACUUUGGAAUACCUUUUGUAAGUUAAUUGGUAAGUUACAAAACUUUAUGUUUGCUUAAGCUCAGUAGACUCUGGGGAGGCUUAAUAAUAGGCAAUUUUGAGUGUUUCUGUUCAAAUCUAUGAAGGAUUAUAAACAAAGAUGGUCAUCAGCCAUUUUUCACAUCCACAGUGACAAUAAAGCAGGAAAUAUAAGACUUAAUAUGAGGAUUUAAGCUUCAUGAGAUCCAUGGAAAAAUGUUGUCUAUGAUGGGUGCUGCAGAAGAUUAUAAUAAGGUCUUUUUUAUAGGCAGCCUAAUCAAAAUGGGUGGGAAUGUCAUUCUUACCUGAUUCAACUUUUGUUCUGCCUGAACAUAUGACAAGUCUAGAACUCUCAAGAUCCUACAGCUUUGUGAUUUUUUUUUAGAACAAAUAUCUAAAAGAUGAAAAAUUAGAAUCAGGAAAAAGAUUUUCCUCCUGUAGACUUUCACAUUACUUCUCACUUUAUAUUAUAUGUUCCAAAUAAUUAUUGCCUCAGCACUCUUUUGCCUAUUAGUUUUGUUAGCAUCAUGUUACUUCUAGCCUUUCAAUCACAUUUUUAUUCAAUACCCAUUAAAGUUCAUGAUUUCUCUGUUCUCGUGAUACAGCUGCUUGUUACCAGUAUUCUAGAGUAGAUAAUUCAGACAGUGUAAUAAAUAGUCCUUAUUGAUGUUAAACUCUCUGUGUGCGUGCGUGUGUGUGUGUGUGUGUGUGAGAAAUAGAGACAUUUGAUAAUUGACUUUGAGUGGAACUGCUACACUUAGAUAAGCUGAGUAAAGAAUGACUUAUUUUGAGAAAUAAAAGAGGGGAAGGUAUGAAAGCUUGUAGGAUAAGAAAUAAAUAAAAUAAAACAUAAAAGAUUUCUAAUGGAGACCCGCUUUCUGUUAAUUCUUUGAACUCAGAAGCAUCCUGUGGGCUCUGCUUGAGAGUCAUUCAUAUGAAAAGCAAUGUACAGUGCAUUUCACAGGAACAGUAGAAAUCCUGGGUACCAAUUAUUAGAUGCCUAGUAGAUUAAAGAUGCUUUUCAUGUGCUGUCUUAAAUAACCUUGUAGAUAGAUAUUAGGCAUGUAGAUAAGGAAGCAGGAAUUUGGAGAAAUUCCCAUGGUCAGUGACAGGGUUGAAACUGGAAGCCAGGUCCUCCUAGUUCUAACCUAUCCUCCUAGUCUCUCUAGAUGUUGUUUACUCUUUUGCUGGUUCUGUGUAGUUAUCACCACAAGACUUCCUCUGACAGGAAUACUUAAAAUGCACAAUUGGAUAAGGAUAUUAUUGUCUGUGGUAAAUAGGAAAAAUCACAUCUAGGGUGGCUCUUUCUCCUGGCCUCCACAAGCAAGUUUUCAGGUGUAGGUGCAUUCAUGACUGUGUGGUUUGCAAUAGACUGAUUUUCAACAAGAUCUUGCAAACCAGUUGUGAUUUGACUGAUAUUGCUUAUUUCUCAUCACAGACUAGAAUUAUCAUGUUAAAGAUCUGCUUACAUGAGUGCAGCAUUUCAUGUUAAUCCUAGUUCACCAAGUCCAGGGGAAUUAAAUGUCACAUUUAUUUGAGGAAAGAUGACUUUAAAGUCUUCUACAAAGUGAACAAUGUACAAGAACUAACCACAGGUCAUCUGGAAAAGCAGACCAUUGGUCAUUUGCGUUUCUUGUGACUUUAAGUGUUAAAUAUAGUGUAAUACUUCUUUCUUACAAUAAACGUCAAACCCAAAAAGGCACAGAAAAGGGACAGAGCGAGUUUCACUGUAGUCUGUGAUAAGAAGAAUUAGAGUCAAGAGUUAGAUAUGUUCUGGAAAAAAAGAAAAGCACUUUUUAACCAAAGUACAGGAAGGAAGGGUAUGUCAUGUUUUGUGUGAACACAAGUUGUAAGAAAACUAUCUGUCGUUAAGUGGAAAUGUGGGUAAAUUUCUCACGGCAUAGCUUUUAGCUUUUCAAACUUGACCUCAGUGGGGCUUUAGUAGAUUUUAUUUCUCUAGACUUCUGGUGCACAAUGACUCAUUUUGAUGUAAUUUACUGAGAAAAGAAAAGUGAAGGUUUUUUUUUUUUAACCCCAAAGUUGUCAAAUAUGUGAUACUGGUGAAUUGCAUUAAUUGACAAUUUGUUAUAAAAAUGCAUCUUUCUACUACGGCAUAAACCAAAUUUGAAUCUAGUAUGGCUUUGAUAAACCAAAUUUGAAAUAAACUUUUAUUCAUCA